AUGCUUCUCAUAGCUGGUCGCCAAGCUUCAUUUUUUACCGUGCUAUAUUUCAUUUCUCAACUGUUCCGUGACAAUGCCAGUCAGAAUUGUGGAGCUGGCGGCGACUUAUACUCGAUUUACCAAAUGAUGCUCAAGGGCCACACUUACAAGACGUUCAAGACUGCACCAGGUACUCUGGAAUGCAGAGACGCUUGUCUUGCUGAUGUCAGAUGUCAAAGCUACAACGUCGUUAUGUUCAUUGCAAUAUGCGAGUUAAACAACCGAACUAAAGAAGCCAGACCAGAGGACUUUGUCAAGAACAAGGACAGAUAUUACAUGGCGAAAGGUUCAAAACGAGGUGAUAGAACAUGCAAAGAAUAUAAAAUCAGUGUUACAGAAAAGGGAGGGGUGGAGGUUUACUCCUGAUAAUUUUUCAAAGGUUCAGAAGCCUCGCACCCAGUUAUAUUAAUGUCAGAGGAACUUAUGAAGCUUUUAAAACCCUUAACCUUAUGAGACUCUUGCAAUUAAGUUACAAUUUUAGCGUCAAUAAUUCAAAUUAAUAAUUUAUAUUUCUUUGACUUUGUAGCCGAACACUGCAAUAAUUACAAGAACUUAAGCGAUGCCAAUAGAAAGAGCAGUUACAAAAGAUCAGCUAGUUUGUGUGACGACAAACUCUAUGUGGGAUGGUAUCGUUUUGUGAGAGCUGCAGGAACAAAAAUGCCAACUAAUCUUGUGCCAUUACGCAGAUGUGGUACAGUAAACCCAGGCUGGUUGAAUGGUUCUCAUCCUUCAGUGGAAGAUGGUGAAGUUGACAGGACGGUAUGCUUUCGUGCUUAUAAUAACCGUUGCAAGGACCCAACAGUAAUUGGUGUGAAAAACUGUGGAUCUUACUACAUCUACAAACUUCAUCAGCUAUCACGUUGUGCUAUGCGCUACUGUGGCGCAGACUGA